AAAGAACCGGUUCAAACAAAGACGAUCCUGCAGGAACUUCCUGACUUUGUUUCUUGUUGCUGGUGAAUCUUCAGCUGAGUUAUCGACACAUUGGUUGAAUAUCUGAGACCCUCAUUGAUCUCCUCGCUGCUCCUUCAGCUCAGGUUUCUUUAGCCCGUCCAUGGUCCCCUCCUCCCUCUGUGUUCCUGUCCUCCCUGCCUCCCUCGUCCAGCUGGGUGGAGUCUAUCACUUGAUCUGGACGGUUUCAGGGUCAACCUGCAGUUGGGCAGAGCUGAUCCAGUUCUCCUCCAUCGUUUGAACCCUGAUCUGAUGUUCUCCACUUGUUGCRGCAGAACUUGCCUUCAGCUCUUCUUUUUGAUUUGGAUCUCUGGACUCCAGCCUCUGAGGGACCGGGCCGACCAGCAGGUAUGACAGAUAAGCCGGGCAUGCCCACAGGAGGCGGGGACGAUGCCGGCGGCAUCAUGGCCCUGCUGGAGCGCGUGGCGGGCCUCAUGGACAGCGUCCAGGCCACCCAGCAGCGCAUGGAGGAGCGACAGCUGGAGCUGGAGAACACGGUGAAAACCAUCCAGGCCGACGUGGUCAAGCUGACCAACGAGCACGCCAACACCAGCUCCACUGUGGACCGGCUGCUGGAGAAGACCCGCAAGGUCAGCCGCCACAUCAAGGACGUCAGGGUCCGCGUGGAGAACCAGAACAUCAGGGUCAAGAAGGUGGAGGCCACACAGGGCGACCUGCUGGCCAAGAACAAGUUCAGAGUGGUGAUUUACCAGGGCGAACAGGAAGUUAAAGCUGUCGCACCAGGAAACGAGCCGGCAGAGUCCAGUUCUGGAGCCACAGCCAGACCUGAAGUGGAACCAGACAAGUUCGACUUCCCUCCGGAGUCGGACGAGGAGUACGUGGUGGUGGAGGAGGCGGACUCCUCGUCGGUGGGCCGGAUGAAGAAGACCGGACUGACCCGCAUUGAGAGCUUCAAGGCCACCUUCUCCAAGGAGAACAUGAGCAAGACCCGAGAGAACCUGGGCACCAAGGUCAACAAGCUGGGGGAGAGGAUCGUGACGGCCGAGAGGCGCGAGAAGAUCCGUCAGUCUGGAGAGAAGCUGAAGGAGACCUUCAAAACUGUCCCGGCAAAGCUGAACCUGAAGAAGGAGAGGACUGUGGCCGAGGGGCAGGAGGGAGCUGAGGGGGCCGCAGAGGCAGCACUUCCUGUCCCGCCUCCUAAAGGCCGUAAAGGCAGCCCUCGUGCUGCCGCUGCAGCUGCUGAUGAAGCUGAGGCUGAGGUACCGAUGUACGACAUGAAACAGCUGUCCUAAUCCAGGUGUGGACCUGAGAGACGAGAGCAGGAGUGUGAAGGUGUCUGCUAACGAGCAGACCUGUGGGGACAAGGAAGUGAAGAAAGAGCAGGACCAUCACUGGUCCAGUCUGACUCAGCAUCAACACAAUCAUCCAGCAGAUUCUUCUAAACUGGGUUUGUUUGGUUCUGGACAUGUUUUUUUUGGUUUGAUGUUGGGCAGAACUGCUUCAGAACUUCAGGCUGUUCAGGUGUUUGCAUGUUGAUGAGGUUGAAAUGUUUGAAGAUAAAGAUGAAGCUGAAGAUGGACGGUCCGUUUGGUUCUGUCACGUGUGAAAAAGGAACGUUUGGUUGGAUAAACCAGAAAUACCAGUCAGAACAGAUGUGUCUGCACUGGUUCUGAUGUGUGAGUCUGUUCAGACCAGAAGCAGAACUGUCUACAGUCCUGGAUCAGGUCUCAGAGACUGUCUGGGCUCAGUGUUCCCACGGUAUGGUCCCAGGUUUAGGUCUCACCCCUUCAUGUAAACAAAUGGGACUUUAUUAAAAAUUAAUAUUUUGUGUUUAUUGUGCAGUCAUUUUCUGACUCCUUCAACUAACAGACACUUAAUAAUGAAUAAAACAUAAAAAUCUA